GGGACUGGAACAUGGCAGACACUCCGCAGAGCUCCCUUCUCUCUCCCUCCACCCCCUGAGCCGGCCUGCUCCGUGGGAAGUCCCUUCCCAGCAGCAAGUUCAGGCAAGGAAGCCGGGAAAGAGGCGACAGGAGGGGCGGACACACCUGAAAGCCCUGCAGGCGGGGAGGGGCCGCCUCUCCGAAUAUUGGUGGAGUCCUAAGGGAGGUGUGCAGGUAGCAUGGGAGCUGAUUAAUCCCUUCAGUCGACGCAAGCGACACUCGCCCGGUGACCUGUCCUGGCCGUGCUGGAGGUGGAGGACUCCAGAGAGACGCUCCGUUCCAUUUCAUGGGGGAAAAGUUUGCCAGGAGUCACCAUGCAUUGCUCAGCCAGGGAGAAGAGAAUGAAAUGGAGCUCUUUGGCUACCGGAGCCAGGGCUGCCGGAGAGCCCUGUGUAUCGCUGGGUACGUCCUGUCCUGCGGGCUUCUCCGGCUCGUGUUUUACUGGAAACCAGCCUGGCACGUGUGGGCAAACUGCACCCACUGCAGCUUGGGAGAAGCAGACGUCACGCUCCUUAGAACCACGGACGAAUUUCAGAUUUAUUCCCGGAAGACGGUGACGUGGGUCUCUGUGUCUGCAGUGAACAACUUUACAUCAGAUUGUCCAGUCACUGCGGAUGAACGCUCGCUCGUAAACAGAGCCAUAAUGAAACCAGAGUUAAAAGUGAGAAGCAUCGAGGUGCAGAAAAUCCGGUAUGUUUGGAACCAGUCGGAACAGCAGUUCCAACGAGCGGGGUGCCUAGAAGACGGUCACACGUGUUCAGACAUACAUGCCAAAUUUGGGUCGGGUUUGUCGCAGGAGGAACGGGACAUCAGGAGGCUUGUCUGUGGGCCAAACACCAUCGACGUGCCUGUGGUCCCUGUGUGGAAGCUGCUCGUCAGAGAGGUCCUGAAUCCCUUUUACGUCUUCCAGCUCUUCAGCGUCUGCCUGUGGUUCGCAGAGGAUUAUAAGGAGUACGCCCUGGCGAUCAUAGUCAUGUCCCUCCUGUCCAUCGCCGUCACCGUGUACGACCUCCGACAGCAAUCCAGGAAACUGCACAAGCUGGUGGAGUCUCACAACAGUGUCCGGGUCACCGUGUGCAGGAAAGGGGAAGGGGAAAGCAUCCCAGUCACCAAGACGCCCUUGCCCCGGUCGGGGGACGCCAGGCCCUGGAGAACCUGCUGCGCGGAGGAUUACAAACGCCACGUCCUCUUCUGCGGAACGGAGAUCGUCCAGAGCCAGGCCGACGGCAGCGGGCCAGCGCGAGCCGUGGUGCUGCGGACCGGUUUCAACACCGCCAAAGGGGGCCUGGUGAGGUCCAUUCUCUACCCGAAACCCAUGGAUUUCAAGCUGUACCGAGACGCCAUACGGUUCCUGACGUGCCUCGUGCUGCUGGCGAUGGUGGGGAUGGUCUACGCGGUGUGCGUCUUCGCGCUCAGUGGGGAAGCGGUGGGAGAAGUGGUGAAGAAGGCGCUGGACGUCAUCACGAUCGCCGUCCCCCCGGCGCUGCCCGCGGCGCUGGCCACGGGGGUCAUGUACACGCAGGGCAGGCUGAAGAAAAAGGGAAUCUUCUGCAUCAGCCCCCAGAGGAUCAACGUGUGCGGGCAGCUGAACCUGGUCUGCUUCGACAAAACGGGCACCUUAACGGAAGAUGGACUGGACCUGUGGGGGGUGAUCCCUUCGGAAGCAAACAGCUUUCAGAACGUUCACCGCUUCGCCGCGGGGCACAGCUUGUCCUGGGGACCCGUGUGCGGCGCCAUGGCGAGCUGCCAUUCCCUGCUCCUUCUGGACGGGAAGAUACAGGGAGACCCCCUGGACCUGAAAAUGUUUGAGGCAACUAACUGGGAGCUGCGAGAGCCCAGGGAAGGGCUGGUUAGCGAGGGGCAGUUCGCGCACGCGCUGGUUAUCAAACCCGGCCCCAACGCCGGCCACGUCCCGGUGGAAGGCAUUGCCGUCUUACGCCAGUUCCCGUUCUCCUCAGCCCUGCAGAGGAUGUCGGUCCUCGCACAGGAAAUCGGAGGGGAGCAGCGGGUCUUCAUGAAGGGGGCGCCGGAGACGGUGGCCAAGUUCUGCAGACCAGAGACCGGGACGCAGUCCGCUGGCUCCCCCAGGGAGGAGCUGGAGAGCGACCUGACGUUCCUGGGCCUGCUGAUCAUGGAAAACCGGCUGAAGGCCGAGACCAAGCCCGUGCUGGAAGAGCUCAGCGCUGCCCGGAUCAGGAGCGUGAUGGUCACAGGUGACAAUGUUCAGACAGCGAUUACGGUUGCCAAAAACUCCGGCAUGAUUUCUCCUACCAGUAAAGUGAUUCUCGUUGAAGCUAAUGAGCGAUCAGGGUCCCCCGCAGCCUCCAUCAGCUGGCAGCUAACGGAAGCAAGCAGCCCCAAUGGCCAUGGAAACCUGGAGACCCGCAUUCCCGUCGGGGGGAGAGGCAGAGCCGAAGUGGAACGUCGCAGUUACCACUUUGCCAUGAGUGGAAGAUCUUACCAGGUCAUUACCCAGCAUUUCGGCUAUUUACUCCCAAAGCUCCUGCUUCAGGGGACUGUUUUUGCUAGAAUGUCCCCGGGUCAGAAGUCCAGCCUGGUGGAGGAGUUUCAAAAGUUGGGCUACUUUGUGGGCAUGUGUGGAGACGGAGCCAAUGACUGCGGGGUGAGUGCACUGACAGGAGGGGACCCGCCGGGGCGGGGACAGGCCGGGGGAGCGGGGACAGCUGCCUUCUGCCCUUGGUCUGGGGGCUGGGGCGGAGCGCCCCGGCGUGGUGCUGGCAGGCUGAGAGCUCCUAGCAACCCGCCGGGCACUUUGCAUGGGCACUGUCCAUGCCGCUGCCUGAGAGGAAUGGCCCUGGGGUGGCUGGUGCGAGCCCGGCUUGGUGGCACCACCACGUUUCCGCCAAGGGAUUCACGUGCAAAACGACGCCCGUGUGCUUUGUGCCUCGGGGACCGAGCAGCCCGUCGCUCUCGCCCUCCGCCCUCUAACCGUCACCUUCUCUCUCCCUUCCGCAGGCAGGGGCGCGCGGCCCUCGUCACCUCCUUCUGCGUGUUUAAGUACAUGGCGCUGUACAGCACCAUCCAGUACCUCGGGGUUCUCCUGCUUUACUGGCAACUAAACUCCUUUGGGAAUUACCAGUUUUUAUUCCAAGAUCUGGCUAUUACCACUGUCAUUGGCAUAACAAUGAGUUUGAAUGGGGCCUACCCAAAGCUGGUCCCCUACAGGCCUCCCAGCCAGCUGAUCUCGCCCCCACUGCUGCUGUCCGUGGUGCUGAACAUCCUGUUCAGCCUGGCCAUGCAGGUCUUUGGCUUUGUGAUGGUCCAGCAGCAGCCCUGGUACGCGCAGCACAACAUCCACAGUGCCUGUCAUCCCAGGAAUAACAGCCAAGUGGAGAAUUCUUCCUUGGCACCUGCCCUCGGCGCCAACGGGACGGAACGCGGCAAAAAGAGCUAUGAAAACACCACGGUCUGGCUCCUCAGCACCAUGAACUGCCUCCUGGUGGCGCUGGUGUUCUCCAAGGGGAAGCCCUUUCGGCAGCCCGUCUACACGAACUAUCUGUUUGUCCUCGUGCUGGCCGUGCAGCUGGGCGUCUGCGUCUUCCUGGUGUUCGCCGACAUCGACGGGCUCUACUCCCACAUGGACCUCGUGUGCACCCCCACCUCCUGGCGAGCUUCCCUGCUGCUCAUGCUGCUGGUCACGUUCGCCGUGUCCUUCGUUGUGGAGGUGAGCGCGCGUUUCGGGGAACCUGGGGUGGAUUAG